GUUUAUGACAAACAAGUAAUCAUUUAACGACUCACCGAGCGUGCAGAUUGGACAGGGGGGACGUUGGACCACCACAGCAGAUCAGAUAACUGUUUGAAAAUGAGCCGCGUAAAACGGCAUUUCUUCACCCUUUUCAUCGCCAUGUUCACGCUGUUGCCCUCCAGCCGAGCCUUACCGAGGACAGACCCUCCCAUCCGCCCUGACCAGCCCUUCCUGUUCAUGUGGAACGCCCCGACCGAGCUGUGCGAGGUCCGCUUCGGCAUGCCACUCAACCUUUCCUACUUCCACUUCGUCAGCAGCACCCUGAAGACAGCAACCAACCAGACCAUCUCCAUUUUCUACACCGACCGCUUCGGCCUCUUCCCCUAUGUGGACGUAGACACUGGCGAGAUGUACGACGAGGGUUUGCCGCAGCUGGUCGACCUGCAGGAGCACCACGAGCUGGCCGAGGACGACAUCGAGUACUACAUCCCUGCAGACCGGCCAGGCCUGGCUGUGCUGGAUUUCGAGGAGUGGAGGCCGCAGUGGGUCAGAAACUGGGGCAGCAAAGACAUCUACCGACAGAUUUCCAUCGAAUCGGUCCAGAAAAAGAAUGCGUCCUUGUCCAAGGAAGAGGCUGAGGACCGAGCAAAGAUCGUUUUUGAGCGCGCGGCUAAGAGGUACUUUCUGCGUUCGCUACGCAUCGGGAAGAGGCUGAGGCCCAAAAGACUCUGGGGUUACUACCUGUACCCCGACUGCUACAACUAUGACUACAACCAGGACAUGGAGGGUUACACUGGAGAGUGUCCUCCCAUCGAAGAGGACAGAAAUGACCAACUGCUGUGGCUCUGGAAAGACUCCACGGCGCUCUUUCCAUCCAUUUACCUAGAGCUGGUGCUCAGAGACUCCCAGCAGGCCCGGCUGUUUGUCCGUCACCGCAUCAGGGAAGCCAUGAGGGUGUCGACGCUCCCCAAGAACUCCUACUCUGUCCCCGUCUAUGCCUACAUCCGCCCUGUGUACAAAGACAGCAUCGAUGACUACAUGUCGGAGUUUGAUCUGGUGAACACCAUCGGAGAAGCCGCCGCCCUCGGUGCUGCAGGGGUCGUUUCAUGGGGAGACAUGAACCUCACAGACACUGAGGACUCUUGCUUUGAUGCCCGACGUCACCUGGAGCAGAUUAUGAACCCGUACAUCCUGAACGUCACCACAGCGACCAAACUCUGCAGCAAGGCACUGUGUCAGGGCCGAGGUCGCUGUGUGAGGAAGAACUGGGAUGAACACGUCUACCUUCACCUUAGCCCCAACAGUUUCCGUAUCCAUCGGCAGCGGCGCGGAGGACCACUGUCUGUCAGUGGUGACCUAUGGCAGGACGACAUUGACUGGUUUGAUAGAAAGUUCGACUGCAUGUGUUACAGCGACGAGCCGUGCAGGUCAGUUCUCAUGCUCAACUUCAUACCUGAGGCUGUCGCCACGAUGAGGAAUCUAGGGGCUGAAAGGCCCCACCCCCUCCUGCUGAUACUGCUCUGUCUGAAGUUUAUCAUGAUGACAAUUUAAGUCAAGGACGGGUGGUUUCAGGCACUUUGGGACAAUUUCAAGCUUCAGUUUGUUCACAAUGUUUUCUGUUGUUAUUUCUGACUGUUUUUUAUCAGCACUUUGAACGAUUUUUUAAAACUCAAUUAAACCAAAUCUCUCGCUCUUAUUCAGGCAGAGUUUCUCCUGACAGCAUGUGAGUAUAACAUAAACCAAGUUAAGGUUAUAACAUUAUAAUCUUCAUUAUAUCUGUAACAAGGAAUCUCAAACAGAUUGUCAGAUUUCCAUUUAACACACAGUUUUACCUGUUCUCUUGUGGCAGUAGAUGCAUGCAGUACAGUGAGACAACCACUGGAUGACAGCACAUCCUGACCAGAAACAGGAGGAGGAGGAGGAGGAGAAGGAGGAUCUGUUGAGACAGGAGUAUUUAAAGAGAAAUGGUUGUAUAAAAAAAUCAAAUCAAAUCAUAUUUCAUAAUCAUAAUUCAUAAAAGAGUGACUAAGGAGUAUUUUUCUAUAAAGACUCUUCGGCUUUGUCAGCCUCGUGUAAUUCUCUGAGUACAUUUUUGCUCAGGACAAAAAGUGACCGUUCAUACAAGAGCGCUAGAAGUCAGUCACAGUCGGGGUUGGCUCUGAGAAGUCUUUCUAUACGUAUCUGCUGUGCAAAAUGAUAUUUUAUUGAUUUAUUUUAGUGUGAAGCCGCUCUGACCUGUGGCUCAGUUAGAAGAGUCGGUCAUCUCUCAACCAGAAGGUUGGGGAUUCGAUUCCCAAUUCAGCAGCAAGGCUCUUUUCAGCAGUAGAAAUGUUACUCCAACGAGCUGAUUUGAGAGGGAAAUGAAUGCUGCCUUCACGUGCUCCUCUGAAAUGUUGUGGUAAAAUUAUGACGACAUUGGACGAUGGUGUUGGACCUUCCUGCGGGCUUGACUUUAUACAGAUCUGACCAUCAUGUUAUCCCAUUACUAUGGGGUUAAUGGACAAACUCACCGGGACUUUUGAAAAAGACGUGAAAACAGCAGUUUAGUUUGUCUCUAAUCACAGCUGUAGUUUCACCAUUUUAUUCAUUAUGUCAAGUUUGACCUGACCACAUCAAAUAAAAGCAGCUUGUCAGGCUUAGAAAUUAUAAUUAUGAUGUGAUUAUUCUAGAUACUCAAGAACAAAACCCCAUUUCAUUAUUUUACACAAAUAGUUUUUGUAUUUAAAUUAAAAUGUAUGGUGAAUAGAAAUUCCUAACUUUUAAUCUUGAAGAAAACUCCUGAGACUUUGUCUUUCCUUUUCUUGUCUCUUACUCACUUUUCCUCUGUCAUUUGAUUUAUUCCACUAAUUUCUUUGUAACUUUAUUGGUACUCAAAAUUUGAUAUUGUUGUUAAAAAAUAGUUUUUUAUACACUUUAUUCCAA